CACUUGAACGCACCACUUCUCCGAGCGGCUCCUCACUGCAGAUUUCCACCAACCGGUCGAGACAUGAUUCAGGAGAUAAAUAUCCCUUCUUGAUUUGGACUAGUCUGCCCCGAAGAGUCACCGUGAAGUCGGCUGGAAAUGAACUCUGAAGGUACAUGUCCGUCUCGGAGUAUUCAUGAUAAGAGUCGGCGCUUCUUCUUUCCUUCCUUUCCCAUCCACGUGAGAAGUUUAACCGGAGAGGGCUGAAAGGAGGUCACCUGUGUUUCCAAUUGGCUGUUUAAUUGUUGGGGCUCGAACAGUCGGAGACAGUUUCACAAGACACUGGGGGUUGCAUGCAUCUGUGCCAAGAAAUUGCAUUACGUGGGAGAGUUCUGCUAAGGAGACACAGAGACAACCCUGGAGGAUGGGAGCUGAGCAAGGACGCACGCAGGGGAACGGACGCAGUGAUGCCGCCUCGGCCGCCAGAGAACCACGUUCCACUCCCAACACGAGCCUGAAGAUGUUUCUGGUGGCUUUGUCCUUCGCCUAUUUUGCAAAGGCUCUGUCGGGGAGUUACAUGAAGAGCACAAUAACUCAGCUGGAGAGGCGCUUUGACAUCCCCAGUUACUUAAUAGGUGUCAUUGAUGGAAGCUUCGAGAUAGGUAACCUGUUGGUGAUAGCAUUUGUCAGCUACUUUGGGGCCAAGCUCCAUCGCCCUAAGAUCAUUGCAGUGGGCUGUGUACUAAUGUCCAUCGGCACAUUCAUCAUCGCUCUGCCUCAUUUCAUCAUUGGACGGUAUGAAUUUGAAACAUCAGUUCGGUGGGUAGUGAACUCAACGCUGAACCCCUCCCCUUGUCGGGCUGGCUCAGCAGCAGAUUUAACCCAAGAUGGUAAACUAACUCAAGUGCCAGCCUCAGGUUGUGAAGGCGAUUCCAACCUGUCCAUGUGGAUUUAUGUCCUCUUGGGAAAUGUCCUGCGGGGGAUCGGAGAGACACCUGUGCAGCCUCUUGGGAUCUCUUAUAUAGAUGAUUUUGCUUCAGAGGAGAAUGCAGCACUAUAUGUUGGCUGUGUGCAGACCAUUUCAGUGGUGGGACCUGUGUUCGGCUACCUGUUAGGCUCCCUUUGUGCCAAAAUAUAUGUGGAUAUUGGAUUUGUAAAAAUGGAAACCAUCACCAUCACCCCAGCUGAUGCCCGCUGGGUGGGGGCCUGGUGGCUGGGCUACCUGAUAGCUGGGGUCAUAACACUGCUCUCUGCCAUCCCAUUUUGGUUUCUGCCACGCUCCCUGCCCAUGUCUGGGCCGCAGGGAACAGAGAAAUGCACACCAGAGCAGACAAGUUUUAUCAAAGACUCGUCUCUGAAGAACAAGUAUCCUGCAGACGACCACACCAACUUCAUAGAGAUGGCUAAAGACUUUAUUCCGACCCUACGAACUCUGCUGAGACACCCUGUGUACAUGAUCUACCUGUGUGUGACAAUCAUCCAGCUGAACUCUCUCAUCGGCAUGGUUACCUACAAGCCCAAGUACAUCGAGCAGCACUUCAGGCAGUCGGCAUCAAAGGCCAACUUUCUGAUGGGAGUGAUCAACAUUCCAGCUGUAGCCCUGGGGAUGUUUUCGGGAGGUCUGCUUAUGAAAAGGCUGAAGAUGAACAUCAUGCGAGCAGCCAAGUUUGCCUUUGGCACAUCUCUGAUUGGUUAUGUUCUGUCACUGUUCUUCUUCGCCAUGAGCUGCGAGAACGCCAAGGUAGCCGGUGUGACACUUUCAUACAACAACAUGGACACGAUAUCUUACGACCAGCACUCCGUGUUCACAGCCUGCAACUCUGAGUGUUUGUGUUCAGCGAGCGAGUGGGACCCGGUCUGCGGAGAGGACGGCGUCACGUAUGUCUCUCCUUGUCUCGCUGGCUGCUCCGGCUCGGCUGGCUCAGGAAAAAACACUGUGUUCUUUAACUGUAGCUGUGUCGGUGCAGCCGGUAACUUUACGGCCAGUACAGGUCAGUGCCCGAACAAGGAUGACUGUGACAGGAUGUUCCCGUACUUCCUGGCUCUCUCUGUCAUCACUUCAUUCAUCAUCUCCCUCGGGGGAACACCGGGCUACAUGCUUCUCAUCAGGUGCAUCAAACCACAGCUCAAAUCUUUAGCACUGGGUUUCCAUGCUCUGGCAACACGUACCCUUGCUGGGAUCCCAGCACCCAUCUACUUUGGAGCAAUCAUUGACACCACAUGUCUGAAAUGGGGUCAGAAGAGGUGUGGAGGCAUAGGAGCCUGUAGAAUCUACAACACCACUACAUACAGGAUAGCGUACCUGGGUCUGACUCUGAGCCUGCGGACGAUCUCCUUCAUCAUCUGCAUCCCGGGCUUCAUUCUGCUCAGUCGACAGCUGAAGACGGAGGAAUUAAACGGCAUCCACAGAACUCUGGCCAACGGGGGGACAGAGCUGGAGGCGCUCAGGAAGGAAGAGUGCGUGUUUUCUAAUUCGGACCAAUCACAACAAACAUCAGACAACAGCACAGACAGGGAGACGCGGCUGUGAUGGAUCCAGCAAGCUCCUCGUCUCCUACGCACACAGUCACACGCAAACCUAACCACACAGAUGAGUACACAUCCAUUAAACAUGCAAACACACACAUGUGACAAUUGCAGGGAAUGACAUGUUGUAUUCAAUCAUCUCGUACAAAGCAUAAAUUCUAUAUUUGUACUCCAGGACCUUUUAAGGCUUUUGUGAAUAUGACAGUGAUUCAAGAGUUGAACAGACUUCUUCAAAAAAUGAUUUUCUUUAAAAAAACAAAAACAAAAAAAAACUCUUUAACUGCCUCUAUGGAUUUUUCUUUCAGGUCAAUUAUUUAACAGAAGUUAAGAUGUGGCCUUACAAACCAGAGGCACAGCACACACAAAAAGACGUACAAAUAAGGCCAGCUAAGAGAUUGGAAGUCGUUUUUUUCUGACUGGAUUUUAAUUAGAAAGUGGAAAUAUAUGUUGGAACAUGUGUUUCAGUAGCUUUUAGAGGGCUUGACGAUUGUUGAUUUAACGUAUGUGCCUCGUUCACUCAACAGUUACCUCUCAAUCAUGUGUGUCACCCUUCUUACUGACACUGGAGAGCAAUUUUUGAAACACAUAUCUGAAUAGAUUUUUAUUUGACUUUGAAAUUCCAGACUGGAUGCAAGUCAUUUAGAAACAGUCAUGUAUCAUUGUGAUGCUGCUUUGGUUGAGUGCUUUCUGGACGUGAAAUUGUUCCUUCAGUGUUCACGCUCACUAAAGGAGAAAGACAUUUGUCACUACUCAAUGUGGAGGCCUUCCACAAGGGGGCACUAGUAGCACAUUUUUUUUUACAGUUUCAACCAGUACCAAUAACUCCCGUCUUAAUCUAUUAUUAUUAUUAUUAAGGAGACUUUUAAUCCUUAAAAAGCUACUUUGAGGAGUUUUUGACUUCUUCUUAAACAUGCUGAAAAUAAUACUGUUGCCUUUAUAUGAGCUUAAGAAAGCCGACUAUCAGGAGCGUGUUUUUUGGAGUUAUAUUAAAUGGCUGCUAUUCAAUGAGAAGCGGCUUUAUUUGCAAUUUCCACAGAAAAAAGAUUUGCAGUGAGGGCUGAAUUUAGACCACUCAUUGACAUCUGGAGAAUUUUUUUGUUAGAGAAUAUUAAGUACACAUGUAUCAGAAAAUAUCUACUGAAGAGAUCAAAUGUACCGCUUUGUGCGCAGCGUUACAUUUCUCAAACCCUACUCAUGACACUGAUAAUUCAGAUUCUUUUUUUUUUUUACCGGGAUUCUCUCGAUGCGUCUCUGCAGCCUGAAGUUAAACAGCCAGUUUGUCACUGACGGCUGAGGUGAGUGCUUGCUCUCGUGUCUGGUGGUUGCCAUGUGGUGCGGCUUGAAAAGUGGAAGAGUUAGUUCUUCUGCAUCAUUGAUAGAAACUAUAUACACUGUGUUUGUCCUAGUCGAUACAAUAAUGUUUCAGUGGUCAGUCUGUUUCUACAUUGUGUUCUUUUUUUUCUUUUUUUACUGUUAAUGAACUCCUGUGCCAAACCCCUCAAACAGAAACAUCAAGGUCUGUUCUCAGGUUUUUAUCGAUCACUUUUUAAAUCUGUCAGAAUAUCUUCUCAAGGUCAAAACAAUCGACUAGAUACUGAGCUUCAUUUUCAAUCGAUUUCACUGUUGUCUUUGUAAAUGUAUAGCAUAUUCUCGUUUUUUUUUUCCCCAAAUGGAUAUGAACCGUUUGGCGACUCACAGAAUGUAGUGACUGUGUCGUCUUUUUGAACUCAGGACGGCCACACACACACAAAGUUCACGCGUAAAGAGAAGAGCAGGAAGGAAGUCAUUGUCUCAGUGAUGUCAGGCAUUCACUUGCAUUCAGUAAUUCAGAAUGUAAAUAAUUUUCUUGGAUUAUUUUUGUAAAACUACAAAGAAUAUCUUCAAUGUAAUAUGAAAAAUAAAAACUUUUAAUAUCCAAUCAAA